CGAGAAUUGUAAGCGUGACAAAAACAACAAAGCCGAGGCGCAUUUCACAAUAAUUAAAUGUUUUUCGAUCAAUUGCGGCGCGUUUAACCCCUCGAAAGCGAACGCGAUGCGUGAUCCGCGGACCCAGUGACCCAGUGAACGAGGACCAGUGAGAGCGGCGCUCCGAACAAAGACAAAACCCGAGAAAAACGGCGAGCGAAAACGCCGACCGCAUAACCUGUACGUGGUACGUGAGCAGGCAAACCGAAUGCGAAUGGAGGGAGGCAAGGGAAGCGGAGGAGGAGGAGGAGGAGGUGGUGGCGGGAAGCGGAUGAAGGAGGAGGCGCCAAGCAAGAAGUUGCCGCCUAAAAUCUACGGCACCGAUGCGGGCACGCCCACAAAGGCGGCCCACGACGAGAUCCUCAGUUCGCUGCUGAGGAUCAACAAUUUCGACUCGAUAUCGAGCAUCAAGGAUGAAUCCCUGGACAUUGAUCUCUCGGCCUGCGUGACCAUCAGUUCGGCGAGUCUGGUCAACGGGAACAGCCUCUCCUCCACGGACUUUUGGCGCGUUCUGGACGAGAGUGCCCAGAACAACACCGAGCUGAAUCUCUCCUCGGAUGUCGCCUCCUCGGCAACUCCCAACUUGGCCAGUGAUAACCACUCCAGCUCCGAGUUUAGUGUGACUUUUCUGCGCCCGGAGCCGCCGAAUGCUUUUACCAACUCGCCCUUCAAGAAGACCACCAGCGGCAGCGGCACCUCCACUCCCGUCAAGCUCUCCCCGGAGCAAAUGCAUCAGCAGAUGCCCCAAUCCCAAUCCCAGUUGCUCCAACGCAAGCCCAAGCUGCCGGCGGCCACGGCGGUGCGCCUGAAGGUCUUCAAGGAGGAGCCGCCCGAGGAGAAGCAUCCGCCGGAGCAAGUAAUCACCAAGGUGGAGCCCGAGUUUCUGCCGCCCUCCUUCUCCAUGUUCCAGCAGGCCAAGUCCUCCUCCGAUGAUGCCGUCAGCAUGCCGCCACCAGCAGAAACCAAGCCAAGCUUCGAGGUGGAUCCCUCGCCGCUGCACAAGUGCCUCGACUGCAAUGGCCAGCUGCUGGAGACGCCCGACGAGGUGGCCAAGCACGAGGCGGCCGGCCAUCGGCUGAGGCUCACCUACCGCUGCGCCGAGUGCCAGCGGGAGUUCGAGCUGCUGGCGGGGUUGAAGAAGCACCUGAAGACGCAUCGCAGCGAGGGACGCAAGGACACCUGGAAGAAGUGUCCCGAUUGCGGCAAGUGCCUCAAACUGGGCAGCAUGUGGAUGCACCGGAAGAUCCACAGCGACAACAAGAAGUACCAAUGCGACAUUUGCGGCCAGAAGUUUGUGCAGAAAAUAAACCUCACGCAUCACGCCAGGAUUCACUCCUCAGAGAAGCCCUACGAGUGCCCCGAGUGCCAGAAGCGUUUCCAGGAGCGCUCCCAUUUGCAGCGCCACCAGAAGUACCAUGCGCAAACGCGUUCCUAUCGCUGCGAAAAGUGCGGCAAGAUGUACAAGACGGAGCGCUGUUUGAAGGUCCACAAUCUGGUGCAUCUGGAGCAGCGACCCUUCGCCUGCAACGUCUGCGAUAAGAGCUUCAUCAGCAACUCGAAGCUGAAGCAGCACUCCAACAUACACACCGGCAUGCGGCCCUUCAAGUGCAACUACUGUCCGCGCGACUUUACCAACUUUCCCAACUGGCUGAAGCACACGCGGCGUCGGCACAAGGUGGACCACAAGACGGGCGAACAUCUCGAGAACAUUCCCUCCUAUUGCUCCAAGAAGUCGACCACGAAUAAGGCUCAAAAGGCAGCAGCGGCGGCGGCGGCGGCGGCGGCAGCAGCAGCGGCGGCAGCGGCUUCUACAGCAGCAGUGAAUCCCAACGAAACUACCGCUUCCGCUGAACUGAAAGUCAAGCCGAAUCUUCCGCCAGCUCCCGCGAAACAAGCGCGAAAAAAGAAGCAACCCCAGCAGGCCACUCUAGCCGCCUUGGGAAUCACUCUCCCUGCCGGCACUGCGCUGCAGCAGGUGCAUCCAGUGCCGCAACAGCAGGAGCUGACCACUGUGCUGGUGCCACUGCCUCCGCCUCCGCCGGCAGCCAAGCAGACGACCAAAGCCAAGCGAGAACGCAAGCAGCUGGCGCCCAAGCAGUUGCAACAAAAGCCACAGCUCCUGCAGCAACCGUGCAGUCUAGAACCCAUUGCCACUGCAGUGCCGCAAAUCAAGAAGGAGCCCGUGCAGAACCAGGGACCCUUCCUCGACCUCCACGGCCUCAGCCUGACCUCCGCCGAGGAGCUGAUCAUGGAGCAGGCCCUCGAGAUGGAGGAGUGCGGCCUGUACGACGCACCCAAUGCGAGCACGGAAAUGGGAACUUCGGACAACGCCAUCUCGGAUUCGGCCGCUGCCCUGCAUUUCCAGAUAAAGAACGAAUUGCCAGACGAACUGUUGCCGGACGAUGAUUUCAUGCCUUGUAAGCCCAGCGACCGCCUAGCCUGCCCCUCACUGGAGUCCUCGCCGUUCUCUUCGCCCGCCUCCAUGGAGCUAACCGCCGUAUCCUCUGCAUCCUCCAGUGUCGCCACAUCGACCCAAGCAUUACCAGUGCGAUCUGGGAACUACUACCUGCCCGCCUUUACGCUGAACGCGCAUGACAAGAUUAGCAGCAGUAAUGCCGGCGGCAAUGCGAUGCAAUCGGUGAGCACGAGCUUGGCUCAGACACCCGCGGCGGUGUCCAUGGUGAACGUGCCGCUGCUGGUGCGAUCCAAUCAGAUGCUGCCCUCGGUGGACACGCUGCUGUUCACCAACCAGGCCGGCGGCAGUCGAUUCUUUGCGGGAAAAUCGGCGACUGCGGCCACGCCGCAUCUGACAUGAUGCUGCCCGCCAACAUGAACGCCUCAACGAUCUCCUGUGUCUUAGUUAAGUUAGCCGUGUCCACAAUGGGCGGUCGCUGACCGCUGGCAAUCAUUUAAAAGAAUCCGGAUGAGUGUCCGUAGGUUAUUAAGAGUAUGACGCUACAUUUGUUUUAGUAUUUGACCUAAGCUGAUUUCUGCAUAGUCCGUAAGUGUAUUUGAGUGUAUAUAUAUACGUUUAUAUAUAGCAACAUAAUGAUAGAUCUUUAAUUUGUACGCUUCACACCAAUAAUAAAUUUCGUACAUAUUUUAGUAUA